AUGAUUUAAUUAUACCUUGCAUUUCUAUUUCUAGGUGUAACCCAAUCUGCGUAUAUAAUUGAUUCUGCAGUUGAUCAAGUAUUUUGGUGUGGAGGGUCGAUUAUUGUUACAUCUGAUGAUGAUGUAGUGGAGUAGAAAAAUGAGGCUAAACAACAUAGAAAAAUAUUAUUUGUUCUCUCAAACAAGGGAAUUGCUUAUAGAUCAGUUGAUUACGGAUAAAAAUGGGAAAAUGUCACAUAAUCGUUAAUAGAUUAGUAAAAAUUAGAUAGCAAUUAUAAAUUUAAAGACAUCAUAUAAUCUCCUGCAGAUUCUUUUACUAUGUACUUCAUAGGAUAUAAUCAAUCUUUCAUCAGUCAAGAUUGCGGGAGAACAUACAGAACAUUUAAUGAUAAUAAACUCUAUGGCUUUAGGUUUAAUAAAUUAAAUAAGGAUUAAAUAUUAGCAUUCUAAGAGAAGAAAUGCAACAAAACAGAUAAGAGCUGUAAAGAACAAUACAAGAGGGAGCUUUGGGUGACAAACAAUGGAGGUUAGAUAUGGUAACCAGUUUUGGAUCAUGUUAGAGAUGCAGCAUGGGAUAAAUUAAUUCAUUAUGAAAUGGUACCAGAUAUGAGAAUAAUAGUAUCUCAUGUUGAUAAUCAAGGGGAAUUGAAGGUUUCUUAUUCAGAUGACUUUUUCAAAACCAUCAAAUAGAUAGAAAAGGAUUGCUUUGGAUUUUACUAGACACCAACUUAUCUAUUUUUACUGGUGAGACCUGACUAAUAUAGUGUGGGAUACGACUUAAAAAUGUCUCCUCAUUUGGGUGAAACCUAUUUCCCUUAAGAAAUCGUAUUGCCAAUUGAUGACUAAAGCAAACACACAUUCACUGUUUUAGAUGUGACUGAUAGUAUAGUUUACAUGUCAGUUGCACAUGCUGAAGAAUUAUCAAAAGUUACUAAUAUUUACAUGAGUGAUGGUAAUGAGUUCACUGUCUCCCUUUUGGGAAAUGUUAGAAGUCAAGACACUGGACAUUGUGACUUUGAGAAAAUCAAAAGUAUGAAAGGCGUUUACAUUGCUAAUAUUUUUGAUUAUGAUGAAAUCGAGAAGACUAAAUCAAGAAGAAAAAGAAUCAACUCGGAAAGGGAGAUGAAACUUUAAAGUUCAGACAGAUUGGACUAAUACAAAAAAUCCGUUAUUACUUUUGAUUUGGGGGCUGAAUGGCAUUCAUUGAAGGCUCCAAAAUAUUCAUAUUCUGGACAGCCUUUAAAUUGUAAUGGAGAUUGCAGUCUUCAUUUGAAAGGGAGAACAGAAACAACAUCUCUGAUUUAUAGUAGCGAAUAGGCAGUAGGAAUAAUUGUUGGAACAGGGAACACAGGACUAUAUCUUGAUGGUUAAGAGACCAACACUUAUCUAUCAAGAGAUGGAGGUCACAAUUGGUAUGAGAUAUUAAACGGAACUUAUAUUUAUGAGAUCGGAGAUCAUGGGGGACUGAUAAUAUUUGCUGAAUCUGAGUCUUACACAAAUGUGGCUAAAUUUACCUAAGAUGAAGGUAUGACCUUUUAAGAUAUAAAAUUAAAUAUCUCUUUGGAUAUUGAUAAUAUUGUUACGGAACCGUCAAACGAAGAAUAAAAGUUCUUGAUAUAUGGCAGAAUAAAAUAAUCAGAUAAUCCUUAAGAAGAUUUCUGGAAUAAAUAUGAAUCUAUAAUAGGGGUUUUAAUUCCCAUCGAUCUUUCCAAUGUAUAUUAAAGAGUCUGCAAAGGCAGUGAAAAUCCAGAAGACCCAGAUUCCGAUUAUGAAUAUUGGUCUCCAUAGAAUUAUCAACAACAGAAAUGUUUAUUUGGUUAAAAGGUGAAGUAUUAGAGAAAGAAAAGGGAAGCUAAAUGUAAGAAUCCAGAAAUAGUGAAGAAAUUGCUCGUAGAAAAUUGCCCCUGUACAGCUGAAGAUUGGGAAUGCGAUUUAGGAUUUAUGAGGAAAAUAGAUGGUGGUGAGUGUGUUCCAAUGACCUAUGGAUUUUCAUCCUAGCCACCUCCAAUCAAAUGUACAGGCACAUAUAUGAAAUCGUAAGGUUAUAGGAAAAUCCCUGGAGAUGAAUGUGAAGGAGGAGUUUAUUUAGGGCCAAUUGAAUAGGAAUGCCCAACAGAAAAAACAAACAUCUAGGUGAAUCAAAUUAUUACUGAUAAACCAAUUGUGAAAAAUGAAUAGAAAAAGUAGGACAAUUUAGACUCGCAAAGUCCAAACUAUCAAAGUCAAACAGGAAUAAAAUCUAAGCCCUUUAACAUUUUAGAUUAUGCUGAGUACAUUAUACUUUCAAUAAUGAUCCUAACACUUUUUUAUUUAAGAAACAUGAUAUGGGGUGUCGUGAAGCAAAUAUUCUCAGCUUCAUAAGUUAAUAAAAACAGAAAAAAGCGAAGCUAUUAUCCUCCCUCUGAGGAAGAAUUGUAAGAGAAAAAAUAAGCAACCAAAAAAAGACUAUUUGGUAUUUAGUCAACCAAAGAUGAAGAUGAAGAAGCAGGAUUGUGA